AUGUCUUUUCGCCCAUUUUUUCGCCUUGCCGCACUCUCAAAAGGCCUUGGCCAACCUGCUGUCAGACCACAUGUCCUCUUCCGAGCUGCCUUGAAGCCCUCUUCUUUUGUUAGAAAAUACUCACAGCAGGACACAGCAGCAAAAAUUAACGCCAUGACUUCUUCUCCAUUGGUCAUUGAGCAAGCGAAGAAUGCACCAAAGGGCGGAAAACUCAAAGAACUUGCCAGAAAGUAUGGUGCCGCUGGUGUGCUGGUCUACCUCGGUGUCGGGUGUGUGGACCUCGGUGCUGCCCUGUUGGCUAUUGAGUUCGCUGGACUGGAUAGAGUAAAGCAGGUCGAAGCUGGUGCUGCUGAUAUCUUGAAUAAAACCAAGGUGUAUAUUGGUAUUACAUCCGAGGAAGAACCUAAGAAGGUUGAGGAAGCGAAACAGGCGGAUAGUGAAAAUGAUAAUGAGAGACCUUCUUUUACAUCCGUAUUUUUGCUGGCGUAUACUAUCCACAAAACCCUGUUUUUGCCUCUUCGGUUAACUAUUACUGCAGCAAUCACUCCUGCUGUUGUGCGCAAGCUUCAUGCUCUUGGCUGGGCACGCUAUGCUCCUAGACUUUUGGGUGGAACUGCAGUAAAGAAAGUUUAA